CUCAGAACAAGGGGAAUUCGGCGUGAUGAAUCCUCACAGCCAGGAUGAGGGGAGGGGGCCCGGACCCAAGGUGGGGCCACAAGACCCAGCAGAGUUCCCAAAGUUUUCCAGACGGCGGCGAUGCCGUGGGCAGGGGGUGCAGCUGAUGCUGGUGGGGCUGGCGACCAUCCUGCUGUGGGCUGGGCUGCUGACCCUGCUUCUCUUCUGGCACUGGGACACUGUGCAGAAUCUGAAACAGCUAGAAGUAACCGCUGCCCGGAACGUCUCUCGGGUUGCCAAGGACUUGGAAAGACACAACGGAGACCAGAUGGCCCAGAAAGCCCAGGAUUCCCAGGUGUCACAGAACAUGGAGGAAAUCCAAGCUGAACAGAAGAGAAUGAAAGCUCGGGACUCUGAGCUCUCCCGGAGCCUGGAUGGACUUCGUUCGGACCUGAGCAACCUCAAGUCCCUGAGCUUGAACGAGAGACACACAGCCUUACAUUCACUGGAAAGGCUCCAGGAGGAGGUGGUGAAGCUGUGGAUAGAGCUACACACAUCCAACGGCUCCCUGUGUAACACGUGCCCCGAGAACUGGGUCAACUUCCAGAGGAAGUGCUACUACUUCGGUGAGGGCCCCAAGAAGUGGAUCCAGGCCCGGUUUGCCUGCAGCAAACUGCAAGGGCGGCUGGUCAGCAUCCACAGCCAAGAGGAGCAGGACUUCCUGGCCAGACAUGCCAACAGGAAGGGCACCUGGAUUGGCCUCCGGGACCUGGACAGAGAGGGGGAGUUUAUCUGGAUGGACCAGGGCCCCCUGAACUAUAGCAACUGGCGACCGGGGGAGCCCAACAAUGGGGGCCAAGGCGAGGACUGUGUGAUGAUGCAGGGCUCCGGAGAGUGGAACGAUGCCUUCUGCGGCAGCCGGCUGGACGGCUGGGUGUGUGACCGGCUGGCCACGUGCUGACCGCCCACCCGCCACCUCGGUCCCCCCGGGGUUCACUGGCCCGUGCUCCAAGACCCAGACCCUGACAGUCCCCAGCCCACCUGCGAGGUGCACCCCUGCGUCGCUCCCCUGCCCCAGACACUGGAACAGCCAGGCCCACAGCCGGGCUCUGAGGAUCCUCAACAGUUUGUGGCUAAGGGCCCGGCCACAUUUUCUCCUGCCCAAUCGGAAGAAGGGCUUUUGACCCACCCCCGGGCUCCAGCCAACCCCCCAGAGGGUCUGUCCCUUGCUCCUCAGCCCAGCUGGCUGUCCCCAUGUCCCUGCUUUCAAGUGCUCAGAGGACCACCUCAGAGCAGUGGCGGCUGCCUCAGGCCCCCGUGUGCUUCCUCUGUCAGGCCCACCCACCGUCCGCUGGAGUCAGGAGGAGACCAUACCCCCACCCCACCCCUGGGGCCUGGGACACAGAAGGCACUCAGCAAAUGCAGGCAGGCCCAAGGGUGGCCUGCUCACCCAGUCCAAAGGUGCUGGCCCCACCCCGGCACGGGUUUCGGGAGGCCUAGUUGGCACCAGCCCCAGGCUUGGCCAGGGUCAGUCCCUGCACCAGGGGCUGAGGAGGGGGGCAGGCCAGGAUCGCAGGACACACCGCGUUAAACUCCUCGCCCGCCACCUCACCCCCAAUUCCUAGCCUAAAAAAAGAAGAAUCAGUCUGCUCACGUGGUUCUCAGGCCCCCUGGAGGGGAAUCCAUGAGGAGAGGCCCAUACUGGACCACCCGGGACCUGGGAGCCAGGGCCUGGGCCAAGGGGGCUGGGGAGGGCGUUCCAGGGGCACCCAGGGGUCCUGGGGCCAGGACGGGCCAGGGCUAGAGCUAGCUCUAGGUCACCUGUUGUCUACCCACUGCUCACCCGAUUUCUGCCUCCUCCAGAUCCCCCUUGGAACUCCAGGCCAGUGCGUAACUGCCUACCUGAGCUCUCCAAAGGGGACCCCACUCUGCCACUCAGGCCAACGUUGGGGUCACACUCAGCACCUGUUUCCCUCACUGCCCCUCACCCCCGGAUCCUCAGGGAAAUCCAUGUGCAGAAUCUGCCCACUUCUCACCACCUCCAGCAACCACUUUGGUGUAGCCCUCAUCCUAGCUUGCCUCAAUUUCCUUCUUCACUGCCCCACACCUUCCAGAAGUUUCCUUCUGGCUCUGAGAAAAGUAAACAAAAAACAAAACCCAAAGUCUUACAGGGUGCUUUGCGAUUGCAGAAUCCCUGCAGCUUGCCUUGUCUCCCCAGCUUCACCUCCCCCAACCCCAGCACCCACACCAGCCUCCGCACUGGUCCUUACACAUGGAGGCUCACUCCUGCCUCAGGGCCUUUGCACAUGCCCCCCCCCACUUGCUCCUCAGUGAGGGCUAUCCUGGGCUCCCCCUCCCUCCCAUUUAAAAUGACACCCCUGACUCCAGAUCCCUUUUAUCUCACCCUACUUUCUCACCACAAAGUCUUCCCCUUCCGAGAAAAUGUGUCGCUCACUGAUCUGUGUGUUCUCAUCCCCACCCCCACCCCGGGCUUGAAUGUGACCUUCAGGAGAGCAGGGGCUUUUGUUUUGUUCUCAGCUGUGACCCCAGCACCUGACCCAAAGUAAGUGUUCAAUAAAUA